GGGGCAAGGGCGGAGGGCGGAACUUUCGGGCCCGGCACGGCGGGGUGGCCGGAAGGUGCGAUGGGGACUGCGCUCGGAGCGCGCGAGGCAGAGAAGGGCGGCUGGGCAGGGAGUGCUCAGUGGGCCUCAGUCACCCAAACCCGGGACGGGCGCCCCCAGCACUGUCGGCCCAUGACCGUCUUCGGGGUGCUGCGGAGGAUGGGGGGUGCGCCCCAGGCCCGCCCGCAGCUCCCACGCCGCGCCCUGUGUUCCCAGCGCCGGGGCAGGUAGCGAGGCUCGGGUUUGCUCCGGGUUGUUGGUCAGCUGCACGAAGACGCUGCAAGUCAGAUGGAGCGGCGCAGACACCGGGGCGUGGUGAUGCGUACUAGAGCCGAGCCCAAGGCUGGAGUCGGCUCGGUGUGGCCUGGGAGGAUGAGUAGGAUUUUCCCGGGCGGAAGGGAAACACUGCGGAGGAGGGGCUUCCUCGCUGUUGUUGCGGUUUCCGGUUUGCCAAAGCUAAAAUUAAACUUUGAAUUACCUCUUGUAGUACUGGGGUUACAGAUGAAGAAACAGGGCGAGCUGAAUCCAGAUUUAUAAGUUAUAAGCUGCGUGACCUUGUGCUAGAAAGGGACCUGACCUGUUAUUUUUCUCAUUUGUGUAAUGGAAGUAAUUAUAAGCCUUGCUUCUUGUGGUUGUGGGAAUCUAAUAUCACAUGAUGCAUUGAAAGGGCUCAACUGAAUGCCUGACAACGGUGUAAGAGCUUACUGUUAUUGUUCUUAAUAUUGUUACGACCUACCCAACCUUCUGCUUCCCGCAGAAUGUGGGUAGUGGUCACUGAACACUGUCCUCCAAGUCCCCCAUUCCAGCACACAUUAUUUCAUCCCAAUUUGGUUAUAAUUUUUUUUCAGUGUUUAAUGCAAAGGUUGUUAGAUGCUGAAAAUGAUACACAGAUGGAAAUGACCCGAUCCUCGCGCUUGAGGAACUAAUACAUUCUGAUAGGAGAGGAAGUCCAAGUUUAAAAACUACUGUAAUGCAAGAUGAGAUGUGACAAUGUCAUAGGAAAGUUAGUUUGCCUGGACUUUAAAAAAAGAUGGGAUGUCUGAUUGGGAAAUGCCUGGUGGAAUUGGGGCUUUGGCCGUGGACCUUGAAGUCUAAAUGGAUAGAAUCAGUAGGUAUGGACCCACUUCAGAUGGCAGCUUCACAAGCUGAGGUCUGAUGGGGCAGGUCAUGAAGAAUUCAGGCAGGGGUCCUCAAACUGCGGCCCGCAGGCCACAUGAGGUGGUGUGAUUGUAUUUGUUUUCGUUUUUUUUUUUUUUUUUUACUUCAAAAUAAGAUAUGUGCAGUGUGCAUAGGAAUUUGUUCAUAGUUUGUUUUUUUUUUAACUAUAGUCCGGCCCUCCAGCGGUCUGAGGGACAGUGAACUGGUUUAAAAAGUUUGAGGAUGCCUGGUAAGGGAAGCACUGAUUGGAAUAGAGGUCUUCAGUUCUAGCUACACAUUGGAAUCACCUGGAGAGCUUGGACAACUACUGAGGCCUGAUUUCUUUGUUCUGGGUUGUGGCCUGAGUAUUGAGACUUUAAAUAGUUCCUUAGAGGAUUCUAAUGUGUAGACAAGAUGGAGAACACUAACCUAGAAUCAUAAACUCUAUAAAUUCAUCUCUAAUCCUAUUUAUAAAGGUUUUAACAGGAAGAAAAGAAAGCUUAAACACCAUGUACAACCACCUGGUAAAACUAUUCAGUAUUAAAUAAGAUAACGUGAAAGGUCCUAAUACAGUAAAUAGUUAAGUGCUUAAAAAUGUACAUUGAUUCUGAAUCUCAUUCUUUAAUUCAUUUAAGAGCUUUAAAAUUAUGGCUUGGUAUAUAAUAUUGUGCAUAUAAUUUUAGAGUGUUCAUAGGACUCCCCAUAACUCAUCUUGGAACACAUUCCCUUUUCCCUUCAUCCCAGUUAAGUCCAGCUCUAAUGCAUUUAGAAUAAAACUUAGAAAUUCAUGUGUGUAUUCUUGUUUUGUUUUUAAAUACUCUUCUAGCAAAGUUAACCUAACUUUGAGGUUCACUGGCAGAGUUGCUGGAAAAAGGAAAAACUGGAGGGAGAUGGGAAAUGAAGGCAUAGAAGAUGCAGAAGAGGAAAUUCCUCCCAGGGCUGAAGGCAGUCAGAUAAGAAGGCCUCUGUCAUUGCUGCAAAGACUUCUUUAACCACAUGACUCAGUCUGUCCUAGAUGGCAGGAUUUCCAUAGUAUAUGUAGUAUGAGUUCCACAGUUCAUCCUCUUAUCCAGCUUCAGCAGUCUCAGAUCUACCAGCUGGAAAAUAAAUGGGAUUUGCAUGAAUUCCACAUUGAACUGAAAUACACGGGGUUACAGUGUUAAUAUCCUUUUCUUCUGAUUGUCCUUAACAGUUCCUCAGAAAAUUAAAUGUCGUCAGAAGAUCGAGAAGCUCAGGAGGAUGAAUUGCUGGCCCUGGCAAGUAUUUAUGAUGGAGAUGAAUUUAGAAAAGCAGAGUCUGUUCAAGGUGGAGAAACCAGGAUCUAUUUGGAUUUGCCACAAAAUUUCAAGAUAUUUGUGAGCGGCAAUUCAAAUGAGUGUCUCCAGAAUAGUGGCUUUGAAUACACCAUUUGCUUUCUGCCUCCUCUUGUGCUGAACUUUGAACUGCCACCAGAUUAUCCAUCCUCCUCCCCACCUUCAUUCACACUUAGUGGCAAAUGGCUGUCACCAACUCAGCUAUCGGCUCUGUGCAAGCACUUAGACAACCUAUGGGAAGAACACCGUGGCAGUGUGGUCCUGUUUGCUUGGAUGCAGUUUCUUAAGGAAGAGACCCUAGCAUACCUGAAUAUUGUUUCCCCUUUUGAGCUCAAGAUGGGUUCUCAGAACAAAGUUCAGAGAAGGAUGGCUCAAGCCUCUUCCAACACAGAGCUAGAUUUUGGAGGAGCUGCUGCAUCUGAUGUAGACCAAGAGGAAAUUGUGGAUGAGCGAGCUGUACAGGAUGUGGAAUCAUUGUCAAGUCUAAUCCAGGAAAUCUUGGACUUUGAUCAAGCUCAGCAGAUAAAAUGCUUUAAUAGUAAAUUGUUCCUGUGCAAUAUCUGUUUCUGUGAGAAGUUGGGUAGUGAAUGCAUGUACUUCUUGGAGUGUAGGCAUGUGUACUGUAAAGCCUGUCUGAAGGACUACUUUGAAAUCCAGAUCAGAGAUGGCCAGGUUCAAUGCCUCAACUGCCCGGAACCGAAGUGCCCUUCUGUGGCCACCCCUGGUCAGGUCAAAGAGCUAGUGGAAGCAGAGUUGUUUGCCCGUUACGAUCGCCUUCUCCUCCAGUCCACCCUGGACCUGAUGGCAGAUGUGGUGUACUGCCCCCGCCCAUGCUGCCAGUUGCCUGUGAUGCAGGAGCCUGGCUGCACCAUGGGUAUCUGCUCCAGCUGCAAUUUUGCCUUCUGUACAUUGUGCAGAUUGACCUACCAUGGUGUCUCUCCAUGUAAGGUGACUGCAGAAAAAUUAAUAGACUUACGAAAUGAGUACCUACAAGCAGAUGAAGCCAAUAAAAGAUUUUUGGAACAGAGGUAUGGUAAGAGGGUGAUUCAGAAGGCACUGGAAGAGAUGGAAAGUAAGGAGUGGCUAGAAAAGAACUCAAAAAGCUGCCCGUGUUGUGGGACUCCCAUAGAGAAAUUAGAUGGAUGUAACAAGAUGACAUGUACUGGCUGUAUGCAGUAUUUCUGCUGGAUUUGCAUGGGUUCUCUCUCUAGAGCCAACCCUUACAAACAUUUCACUGAUCCUGCUUCCCCGUGUUUUAACCGGUUGUUUCAUGCUGUGGAUGUCAAUGGAGAUAUUUGGGAAGAUGAGAUUGAAGACUAGUUAACUCCUGCUCAAGAUAUGGAAGUGGAAUGGUUUGCACUAAUCUUUUAUCACAAACACAGAGUAAUCCUGAAGAGUAUUUAGGGUACCAAUCAAUCACUCUUCCUAUGUAGACGCUAUGGAAGAACCAGGUGUAUAUUUUCAUGUGGUACUACUGAUGAAGGCACAUUCAUGCAUUUUUACAUGUAACAUACAUUGAGAAAAAUUCUAAGCCAAAGGUUCAGAAAAUGAAAGCUACAGAAUAUUAAAUAUUAUAAUGUGCCUAAAGCUCUGAAUAGUUAAAAAUUAAAUAUUUAUUUUCUUCCCCAAGCUUUAAUAAGGCAAAGAGGCUCAGGAGUUAAACUUACAGAUCCUUUUUGUCUCUGAGAACCAGCCCUUUGGUUUUAUCUCUGAGAAGCAUUCCUAAGACAUUCUGUUGCUGCCCUCGUCGAGCUGGGGCUGGUGAGAAGCCUUAUUCCUGAGAGCCUGAUCUCAUUUCCUCCAUGUCACUCAUGUCCCUUCCACCGAAAUAUCUGCUCAGUUCUCUUUGGAGGGAGCCCUUUAUUCUAUAACUGACUGGAUGGUUCCGUGUCGUUUUGAUCUCCUACUUUCCAGAAUAGAAAUUUAUAAUAAUCUUAAAAGUAUUUUUUAAAACCACAAACACUGUUGGUCACUUGAUAUUUAUUAGUGGUGUGUAUAGUACAUGGUUUAGGCCAAAUGUAGAAUUUAAUUAUCCUGGCUUAGAAGUGUUUCAGCUUUAUUCAACUUCCUGGGCAGUAGAGCCUAGAUUCAAAACAACUUCUCUUUUGCUACCUUUCAACCACAUUCUCUCCUUUCACCUUCUGUUAGUAAGAAUAAUGUUAAUAUUCCAGCAGCACAUUUUUAUUUCCUCCAUUAGGAUAGGAGAAAACGUAAUAUAUUCCCAAGCUGAAUGUUCUUUAAUUAUCUGCAUUUUGAAUCUAUGCUACUGUAGUUCCAGAAUUUCUAACUUUCUGGUGUGUUUUUAAAAGUCUUCUCUGAUGAGAAAUGGGAAUUUGGCUUCCUACCCUUUUUUGCAACAGCAGUGUUUGGAGGUGAUAAUUUUGGAUCAACACCUAGAUUCCUAUUUCUGAGUUUUGUUGGGUUUUUGAAAACCUGGCUUUCCUUAAGGUUUGGUGAGCAGCUUGGUAGCAAAAUAAGACUUUCUUGAAAAGACAGAAGAAUUGGACUAUAGCUUAUAAACAUGUUCCUUUUUUCCACUUUGUCAUUGAAAAUUGAAGAAUCACUUUUAACUUUUUGAGGUGUGGGGUGUGGGUGUCCAAAGAAUCAGCGAGGACUAUGUUUCUGGAAUUUCAAUAAGGAUGCUUAAUCUUAAAAAUAAAAAUAAUUUUAAAAAUCA